CAAAUAAUCAGGGUUGCCAGAUUUUAUAACAAAAUAUAACGAGGCGCCUUCUUGUUUUACAUUGCAAAAGGAGAAUUGCAACGUUCCCACCUGGCAACCUCGUUCACCUCCACUGUAAACAUCAGAGCAGGCACGGUCCUCCACAAUCCAAACCAUGACAACAACGUGACCAAUGGACCACAGCAAGUUCGGAGCUAGAUCAUGAAUGACAAACUAGUCUUCUUGGGCCUGCUGUACUUUGUCCAGGGUAUCCCCUACGGUCUUCAAUCCUCCCUGCUACCUGUCUACCUGCGUGGAGCUGGCCAUUCCCUGACACGCAUUGGCUUCACUAAGAUCCUCUAUUUCCCAUGGGUCCUCAAGGUGCUUUGGGCUCCUUUGGUCGACAGGAUUGGCACAAAGCGCCGCUGGCUGGUGGCGACAGUGUCUGGACUGGCACUGACAUGCCUCUUCAGUUCUGUUCUUGCUCCAGAGAUGCACAUUUGGGGAGUAGCAGGGACCCUGCUUGCCAUGAACACCCUGGCCUCCGUUCAAGACAUUGCAGUGGAUGGUGCCGCCGUGGGGCUGUUGAAAGGUCGCGGGGAGCUGGGAUUGGGUAACACGGCCCAAGUUGUGGGCUACAAAGCUGGAUCGUUGUUUGCCGGAGGCGGGCUGCUGGCUGUGAUUGACGUGGCCGGGUGGAGUUGGAUGUUUUUGUUGCUAACUUUCGUGUACGCAGGUGUGGCCCUGUUUGUGUGGGGAGCUCCUGUGUUGGAUGAGGAAACUUUGAGGGGCCAGCAGGCUGAUGGUGGCAAAAGAGGAGGACAGGUAGUUGAUGCUAUGAAGCCAUGGAGUGUGUGGAGGAAGAUGCUGGCAGUCCCGGGCACUACUUGGACGGUCCUCUAUGUGCUCACAUACAAACUAGGUGAGCAGGGUGCAGUCACUAUGUUUCCCCUGUUUCUUUUGGAUCACCACAUGACCGCCAGGGAGCUUGGCUUCUGGAACGGCGUCAUCGCCAUGGGUUUCUCCAUCUGUGGGUCAUCACUGGGAGGCUUGCUGCUAGCUCAGUUCAGCAUUGGUGCUCUGAUGCGGCGGGUCUUUGUCUUGCGGACUGUCAGUAUGGUCUUCCAAAGCUCUUUACUCACUGUGCUGGAACCGUCGCCUCUCAUGAAAGGUAUGGCCAUCUUGAGUAUGAGCGCUCAGCACUUCCUGGGCGGUCUGAUCACCACGCUCACCUUUACGACCAUGAUGCAUUGCACUCAAAGGGCUGAGGAGAGCAUACAGGCAACCCACUACAGUUUUCUGGCCACUCUGGAGGUACUGGGCAAGCUGACGUUCAGUGCUCUGGCCGGGUGUGUGGUGGACUGGUUUGGUUACCAAGUGGCCUUCCUCCUCUUCCUCACCCUCUCUGCUGGAACAGCCUUGCACGUGUGGACGGCGACCUUCACUGGUGCUCUCAGGGAACACCAACUCAAAGAGCAGCCAAAAUAAGUAUCAAGAUCUGGGCUAAGUCCACACACAGGUAUUUUCAAAAUGUAUAAUGUAGUGUGUCACAUCUGCCAGGUUAGAAAUAUAUACAGUAUAUCGUACGGCGUGUUAAAAAAUUUGAAAUGUAAUCAUUAAUUCAUUAACUGCUCAAAAAGAAAUUGAUGCACACAAGGCAGUAACACCAUUACGACAAUUGGAGAUAAAAUCUAACUAUUUAAAGAUUAAAUAUUUAAAUGAGAUGAUUAAAAAAGUCUUUAUUCUGGCUGAAGUUGUCUGAAAGCUUUGGUCAAAAUUGAAUACAAAUAAGUACUUUUUAAAAAAUACGUGUUUGUGGACAUGGUCAUAACGGGUGCUUUAAAGUCUUAAAAACAUGGCUGCUAGUAUCCAGAUGAACGUGGAUAUUAAAAAGAACCUUCAAAAUGUUGUGACAUUGAAAUUAGUAUAUUUUUUAAAGAGACAUUUCUCUGUAACCCGUUUUAUUUUCUUAGCAAAUUCACUACAGUGUAAAAAAAAACAUUGUGUGACAAGCGUGAUGAUUUUGUGUGAUAAGCGGAGGCUUGUGGACUUACUGUACUCACUGUGCUGACAGUUGAGAUCCAGAAAAUUACAGCUCUUUAACUAAGCGAAGUAUUUUUAUUUUUUAAUAGUCUUAACAUUAAGAGCUUUAGCCAAAAGCAAUAUUGCAAGCCUCCCUUGUGAUGCUCUAUGUAUGAAUAUGCAUUUAUCAUUUCUGUGGAUUACGGUUGUAGUAAUUGAGUGUACUACCUCGUAUCGACAAUGUAUGGUAAGACACACAAAAUGUGAAGUAACAGACGCACAAUGUUAACAAAGCAGCAACUGUCCACCAGAGAGGGUGUGUAGGAUGUCCAGAUGUAAAAGAAAAAAAGAGCAUUGCUUGACAGAUACUCAAUUUGUAAGUUAGCAGUCUGCACCUUCAGCUGUAGCACAACUCAACUUAUCACACUGCAUGGUGCCAUCUUAGAGACAUCUCAAUCAACUCAGCAAUAAGCCUGUUCUUUGAAACUUGAAAGACCAUUGUUACCCUUUUUUGUUACCUAAGGUUUGUUGGUUUAUCUUUUAAAAAAAAUUAAAAUAAGUGCACUGUAAUAUGUAAAAUGUAUUGUAACCCUCCAUGGUACUGUAUACAAUGUAACUUGUCAGGCUUACCUGGGAUGUUUUCCUCGGAGGCUAAAAGUAAUGCAAACAAAUGUAUCAUAGCAAAGUUAGUCUUAGCUCUGAAGCCAGGAUUCAUUCUAAAAGUCAACUGCUUUUACAGCACAACGUUAAUGCAUGUCUACAAAGGAGUAUAAAGACAACAUUGAAAAUAAAUCAUAUAUGAUGACAAAAGUAGAAAUGACGUAAUACUAGGAGGGGAAAGUAUGACUUGUAUAUAUUGAUAAUAUUAUGUGGGAAAAAAAAUUGAAUAUUUGCCCACUUUAAGCAUAAAGUUUCACAAACAAUGAAACAGUCAUGGACACAAUAAGACUUGUUUAGUUUUUCUCCAUGUAUUGCAGCUUUUUCCCACAGUCCAAACACAUGCAUGCUAAGUUAAUUGGAGGUACUAAAUUUUCCAUUGGUGUAGGGAUGGGUACUGUUCACAUUAGAAUCGAUACUCUACCAAUUGUCGGUAUCUUAAACUCGAUGCCGGUACCUAACUGUUCCAAUUGUCUGUACCUUUGUGUCUGUUCAUGUUCAAUGUUUGUUUAAUAAUACAAUUUAAUUGUUUUUAACAUUUAACAGUGAGUUGACAAUAACUGUGCUGUCCAUUUGUUAUAUUGUGAUUUCUUAGACUUCUGAAUCUCAUUUGCACAUAUUAUAUAGUAGACCUUGCAAUUUCAAAACGUUACAUGGCAGUAGUGUAUAGCCUACUGUGUGUUGACUAGCUAGAUAGUCUUAUGUUGCACCGUAGAAAUUGUUAAUACUGUAAAUAUUGUACUUAUUACUAGGGGUGUAACGGUAUGUGUAUUUGUAUCGAACCGUUUCGGUACGGGGGUUUCGGUUCAGUUCGAAGGUGUACCGAACGAGUUUUCACAUGGACAUAUUAAGUAACAUACCGCACGUUCUGUAAACAAUGCAAUGCUCACCGAGGCACAACACACAGCAUGCUAGCAACGACCGGGCUACGAUAGACUGACCAUACGUCCUCUUUCCGGGCGGAGUUUCUUAAAUGCCUCAAAUGUCCGGCAUUUUGAGUUAGGGUUCCGUGUAUUAUCAAUGUACGUUAAGGGUUAAGAAGGGGUUAAAAACAAAACAAAUUGUGCGCGUAGCAGCAUUCGUGAGGGAGGGGCAAAGACAGAGAGCGCGAGAGAGUUAUGAUAAACGUGCAUGCGUCGCCAGGCUCUGCUUUUUAGCCAUAGAUUUAUCAGAUUACAUUUUUUAUUAUCUAUAGCAGGGGUGUCAAAAGUGUGCCCCGGAGGCCAUUUGCGGCCCACAGCUAACGUUUUAAAGGCCCACGACACAUUGUAAAAAUACUAUUAAAAUCAACAAAAACAUAACAAAAGUGAAAUAAAAAAGCUUAAAGGUUGAAUGUAAUUUAGAAAAAGUUGCAAUGUUGACUAAUAAAACAAAGCUGUUUUUUUUUCUUUCAAACUGUCAUUGCUCUAAACAUAAUAUUGAAUCAAAAUCAAUGUUAUUAUGAAUUAUUGACCUAUCCAAGGUUCCGAUUACUUCACAUCAAAUAUUCCACUAAGAAAAAUAUUUUUGGUGGAAGAUUUUACAAAUUUGGUAAAUAAAUAACCAAAAAAUGUAUAUUUUGUUGUUUUCUUCCUGUACCGAAAAUGAACCGAACUGUGACCUCUAAACCGAGGUACGUACCGAACCGAAAUGUUUGUGUACCGUUACACCCCUACUUAUUACACAUCACAUGUUUGAUUGUAACGUGCAUCUUAGUUGUUGUUUUCAUUACCAAAUUUGGAGGUGUUAAAAAUCACCAUGAAAAAUCGCUAAUCAGUAGCAUGUCCAAUAUAAAUUAGCAUCGAGCGAGCACAUUUUGAUUAGUGGAGCUUACUGUACGUUCAAGUAUUUUCUAUCAGGCAUACAUGCUUUGUUGGCAUAGAAAAUUACAACAACAAGAGGCAGUCCGACUCAGUCCCUCUUGAGUGCUGCUUGAGUGCUUGUUUGCCCACCAAGUGUUUGAGCCGGCCAAGUCUGCAACCGGACGGGACGUCACGUGCAACAAAGGUAUCAAAUACUGCACCGUUUGAUUUUAUGUGAAUUGAUACCGAGUAGAAUUCUGAAUUCAGUCGGUGAUGAUAAAAGUACAGAUUGGUACCCAUCCCUACACAGGUGUGAACAUGAGUGUGAAUUACCGUUUGUCUAUGUGUUCUGUGAUAUCAGCUGGGAUAAACUCCAGCUCACCUGUGACCUGGAAUAGGAUACAUGGUGAAAAAAAAAAAAAGGAAUUAUAUUUGGUCAGCCUCAGCAACUGCUCAGCUGCUAUAUUAUUGAUCUUGAAAACAUAAAAACUGCUUAUUGUGUUUUGGCCAUAAUACUUGUUUGUAGACAUCACGCCUACAAUUACUAGCGUUCUGUCAGUAAUCCUCUGACUUGUUGCAAAGCACAUCUCUUAGCUCAACUAUUGUCAGGUUGGCACAUAAAUAAAAUAAAGAAAACUGCUGGGAGAAUUUUGCAAUUUUGUG